AUUCCUCCGAGACGGUACCGUAUUGAAGCGACUAAACGACAAAUGGAAAAGAGUAAUAUUGCAAGGAGAAACGGAAGAGAUUAUUCGAGAAAUCCAUGAAGCUGGACAUUUGGGGAUGCAAGCAACCAUCAAGAAGAUCCAAGAAAGAUAUUGGUGGCCAGGAUUAGUAGGAGAAGUUCAGAAAUUCGUCUCAACCUGUGACCAAUGCCAAAGAGAAAAGAAGCCAGAGAAGGCCAAGGACAUUUACCCCAUCGUAGCAACAAGACCAUUCCAGAUUGUAGGAAUAGACCAUGUAGGGCCGCUACAUCUGACGAAGAAAGGGAACUUAUACCUCAUUGUAGCUCAGGAUUAUUUUACCAAGUGGCCAAUUGCUCAACCCACACAGACAACUAAUACGGAUGAAGCUUUGGAAUUCGUACACAACCAUAUAAUGACAGUCUAUGGUGCUCCAGAGCAGAUCAUCUCAGACAAGGGCACAGCCUUUACGAGUGCUCAGUGGAAAAGAGCAAUGAAGAAAUGGGGAAUUAAGCAUACUCCAACAACGGCAGCAAAUCCUCAAGCAAAUGGUCAAGUAGAGAGGUUUAAUCAAACUCUGAUACGAAUGAUCAAGAAGAAACUAGGAACAGACAAAAGCAAAUGGGAUGGGACACUUCUCCAAGACGUAUUAAUGGCCUAUCGAUCAUCAGUACAAGCGACAACUCAGCAUACCCCGUCAGAUCUACUAUUUGGGUAUCGAAUGAGACUCCCCAUUGAAGGAAGAUACCCCAUACCUAUAGAAGAAAUUGAAGGUGAAAUUGAAAGUAGAAUGGACCAACUGAAGGAACUUCAACCAGAACGAAUCAAAGCAGCAGCACUAAUUGAAGAGAAACAAAAGCGAGUCAAAGAAAAGAUGGAAGCCGGCAGGGAUCUAGCCAAUCCUUACCAAGUCGGUGACCUAGUACUAUUACAUGCCCCAGCACACAAGCGCAAAUUAGAGCAAGCAAACGAAGGACCAUUUAGGAUUAAGGAAGUAGGACAAAGGAGAACGUACGUUUUAGAAACUAUGGGAGGUGUAGAGUACAUGAAAGUAUCAGGUAGAAGAUUAGUUCCAUACAAAGAUCGAAAUCAGGCUCGAGUUAUAGUGGGAGAAUCGAGCCAUCCUCUAGUCUAA